CAGAGUUAAAUGUUCUCAAGAUGAUUAUCUACAGUACUCCAGAUUUGUCUCUAUCUACAUCAAGAUCAGGCAGUUAAAGGCUUCCUCACCAGCCCAUAUAAACAGAAGAAGGCUAGAUGCAGGGCUCAGACACUUGCUGUGCUUUGUGUGUUCCAGCUCUGAAGAGCCAUCAGGGGACUUCCAUUUUUAUUCUGAAGAUGCAGCUCUCUUUGGUUUUCAGAGCUGUGCUGCUGCUUUACCUGCUUGCCCAGUUAUUAAAUGGUGCUUCUCAGAAAAGGUCUAAAAGAAAAUCAAUAAAAGAAAAGCGGGUCAUCUUGGAUCCAUCUCUGAACAUCUCAGUGAACGUCCACCCUUCUCCAAGCAGAUCUCUGUCACCAUGGACAUACGAAGAAUCCUGGGACAGUUCACGAAUCCCAUCGAAAAUCUCUGAGGCAAAAUGUGAUAAAAAGAGCUGUUUAACCAAAGAUGGUGAGGAAGACUUCGGACUGGAAUCUAAACCCAUUUACUACCAGAUCAACAUCCUAAGGAGAGUGAAGAACAAAAAUGCUAUGCACUAUGCCCUUAAACUAGAGACUAAAAUAGUUAGUCUGGGCUGUACAUGUGUUCUACCCGUUGUUGUGCCACAGAAUUAGUUUUAUACUGUACUCUUACUAUGUUAUAUAUUCUGUAUAUCUAUAUUGUUGCAUUAAUCUGCCUAUA